AUGACUCUGUACCAGCAGUUGGUGCUUGAUGCUUUUUGCAAAUUACGGGGUGGAGGCCCGGGUUUCAAGGCCUUGCUGGAGAUGGUGUUUGGUGCCAAGGUGGUUGUCACUGGUGAUGGAUUUGUUCCUGGAGAAAGGAGUGUCAUUAUCAUGAACCAUCGCACACGAAUGGACUGGAUGUUCCUGUGGAACUGCCUGCUGCGAUACAGCUACCUCAGACUUGAAAAAAUCUGUCUCAAAUCCAGUCUCAAAAGCAUUCCAGGAUUUGGCUGGGCGAUGCAGGUUGCUGCCUUUGUUUUCAUUCAGAGAAAGUGGGAAGAUGACAAGAGUCACUUUGAAAAAAUGCUGGAUUAUUUCUGUGACAUUCGUGAACCACUACAACUCCUCAUCUUUCCAGAAGGAACUGAUCUCACAGCCAAUACCAAAGCCCGCAGUAAUGAAUUCGCUGAAAAGAACAGAUUUCAAAAAUAUGAGUAUGUCUUACAUCCGCGAACUACUGGAUUCACUUUUGUGGUUGAGCGUCUAAGGGAAG